GAGAGAGUAAAGGUCAUGGGAGAUAACGCCAUACGAAUUUUGUUGUUCUGGCUCUGUGCAGCAGCGGCGGCCGUUGCCGAUCCACUCUUAGUGGAGCUGCCCAAUGGGAAGCUACGCGGACGCGACAACAAAGGCUACUACAGCUACGAGUCCAUACCCUAUGCAGAGCCACCUGUCGGGGAGCUGCGCUUUGAGGCACCGCAACGCUACGCCCAGCAAUGGAAGGAAACGUUCGAUGCCACCCGACCCCCUGUCGAGUGCAUACAGUGGAACCAGUACACUGAUCAAGAGGACAAACUGACGGGCGUCGAGGAUUGUCUGACAGUCAACGUGUAUAGGCCAAAGAACAGCAGUCGCAGCUCAUUUCCUGUUGUCGUCAACAUUCACGGCGGCGCCUUCAUGUUCGGCGGUCCAGCUGGGAGCGGCCACGAGGCAUUCAUGGCCAGCGGAAACGUGAUUGUGGUGAAGAUCACCUAUCGUUUGGGCCCACUGGGCUUCAUCAGCAGCGGCGACAGCGCUCUGCCAGGCAACCUUGGCUUGAAGGACCAGUGGCUGGCAUUGCAGUGGAUCAGGGAGAACAUUGCGCGCUUCGGUGGGCAGCCGGAAAAUGUUCUCGUAGUCGGCUUCUCGGCUGGAGCAGCCUCGGUGCAUCUGCACCUACUGAAGCAGGACUUUCAGCAGCUCGCAAAGGCGGCCGCCCUAAUAAGUGGAACUGCCCUAAUGCCGUCUACGGUGCAGCAAGGUGGACGUCGACGGGCCUUUGAAAUGGGUCGCAUCGUGGGCUGCGGUCUGCUCGAAGACUCGCUGGAGCUGAAAAAGUGCCUGAAGAGGAAGGAUGCCUCGGAAAUUGUGACGGCCGUACGGGACUUCUUGGUAUUUGACUACGUGCCCUUCGCUCCAUUCGGCCCCGUGAUAGAGCCAGUCGAUGCGGCCGAGCCGUUUCUGACUCAAAAUCCCGUUGACAUCAUCAAGAGUGGACAGUUUUCGCAAGUUCCCUGGCUCAUCUCACAUACCCAAGAGGAUGGCUCCUACAAUGCAGCCAUUUUCCUAGCAAAGCAGCCCAAUGGGAGGGAGUUCAUCGAGGAGCUCAACAAGCGCUGGUACGAGCUGGCGCCCCACUUAUUCUUUUACCGAGACUCUAGCAAGACAAUAGAGCAAAUGGACGACUACUCACGCGAUCUGCGACAGCAGUACCUGGGCAAUCGGAACUUCAGCGUGGAGAACUACAUGGACGUGCAGCGAAUAUUCACCGAUGCGCUAUUCAGGAAUGAUUCGAUACGAUCCAUAGAUCUGCAUCGCAAGCACAGCAAGAGUCCCAUCUACUACUAUGUCUACGACAAUCCCGCGACUCGUGGCAGGGCGACUCUGCUGGCCAGGCGAGACGAUAUUGUAGUCGGCACUGGACACGGGGAUGAUUACUUUCUAUUCUUUGACAGUCCCUCGCGACAGCCUCUGCGUGCAGACGAGGAAAUUAUAUCCAAAAACCUUGUCAAAAUGUUUGAGGACCUUGUGCAAGGUGACAAAGAGCCUUUGACUUAUGACUCUUGCGUCUUUCCAAACAAUGCUGCCCAGGAGCAUGUGGAAUUCCUUCUAAUCAAGCGCCAUGGCUGUGAGAUUUCCAAAGCUGAUUGGAUUGCCUAAAUAUUAAAUUGAUGUG